AUGGGGUCAUCAAUCAAUUAUCCAGGGUUUGUCAGUAAACCUAACCAGUCGGCUAUGUCCAACCCUGUUUUCCAUAGGGAAAACGUGAAGACCAAGCAAGGGGCCGCAAAAUCGAAGCUUUCGCUGGCCUUGCAAAUUCAGAAAGAUGACGAAGAAGAAAGUCCCGAACUUUCGGUUCAUAAAGGACACGAUGAUGGACCGGAUUCUGAUUCAGACUAUUCGUCGUGUGACGAGAAAAAUGAAGAAAGUCUGAUAGACUAUAAACCUGGUGGCUACCAUCCUGCGUUCCGGGGGGAAAUGUAUAACAACGGUCGAUACAUUUUGGUCCGUAAGCUGGGAUGGGGUCAUUUUUCGACUGUUUGGCUCGCCAAGGAUACCAUCAGCAACGCACACGUCGCCAUGAAAGUGGUACGUAGUGACAAAGUCUACACAGAAGCCGCGUUGGACGAAAUCAAACUUUUAAAACGGGUCAGCACCGGCGACGGGUUCCUCGAAGGUUGUGGUGACGCUUCCAAACAUAUUCUCAGUCUCUCUGAUAAUUUCACCCACACUGGCCCUAAUGGGAAGCACGUAGUGAUGGUGUUUGAAGUCUUGGGAGAAAACCUGUUGGCGUUGAUUAAAAAGUACGAGCAUCGCGGUAUUCCUACAAUGUACGUGAAGCAGAUUGCAAAACAGCUGCUACUUGGUCUUGACUACAUGCAUAGAAAAUGCGGUGUGAUUCACACGGAUAUUAAACCAGAAAACGUUUUAAUGGAGGUUGGUGAUGUGGAAGCGAUAGUGAAAAUGGUCGAACUUCUAGACAAACAGAAAAGAGAUCAAAGAAAAGUUCACAGGCGCGCGACAAAAUCAUCUAUCGAAACGCCCUCAGCCACAGUAUCGUCCAGGAGCAGCACAUCGGGAUCUCGAGAAAGGUUAAGUGGUCGUAGACUCAGAAGACACACACUGAUUACUGGAUCACAGCCUCUUCCCUCACCUCUAAGCUCCACAAACUUUUUUGAGAUAAAGGCUCAAAUGAUGGGUCAAUCGCUACCCAGACCGAUGCCCACCACUCCAAAGAAUAAUGUAUCUGGUGGCGAAGAAGAGCAGGUCACCAACUCACUUUCUUCAAUGGAAAUUUCAAACGUCACGGAUGACCGAACGGAGGAGGAGCUGCGUCCGGACUCUGACGUAAUUCAAGUGAAAAUAGCAGAUCUUGGAAAUGCUUGCUGGUUUGACGAGCACUACACAAAUUCAAUCCAAACGCGCGAAUAUCGCUCACCAGAAGUCAUUAUUGGGUGUGAAUGGGGAGCUAGCGCCGAUAUAUGGUCUGCUGCGUGUCUCAUUUUUGAGCUUUUGACAGGAGAUUUUCUCUUUGAGCCUGAUGAAGGGCAUUCUUACAGUAAAGAUGACGACCACAUAGCGCAGAUUGUGGAAUUGCUUGGCGAAAUACCGUCCCAUUUAUUGCGGACUGGCCGCCACGCUCGUACUUUUUUCAACUCCCGGGGCCAAUUGAGAAACAUCUCCAAAUUGAAGUUUUGGCCAUUGAAGGACGUCUUGCGUGAAAAGUACAAGUUUCCUGACGAAGAAGCACAGAGUAUAUCGGACUUCCUGCUACCUAUGCUCCGACUCAAUCCUAACGAAAGGGCCGAUGCAGGUGGAAUGGUAAACCAUCCUUGGUUGAACGACACAGUGGGCCUUGAAGGCGUGCAAAUGAGCGAGCGACAACUGUACGGUAGUGGUGCAGACAUUCCCGGCUGGUCGCGAGAAGUCGCAGGGCAUCCAAGACACUAA